UUGACAACUGUAGCCUGGGUCGCGGUUCAAAGUUUUAAAGUUUACUGUGUGUCUUUGCUAUUUUCUCGUAUAUUUUAAGGAGGAUAAUCUAGCAUGCGAAGACUACUUAGUUAAGGACUCUAUAUGCUUAUUAAUAUUUUAAUUAGUGUUUACUUUCAAUUAACUUAGCUUGGAAGUCAAGGAAUAGUUUUCUAUUUGGAUUUGAAGUAAUAGUUUAAGUAGGAUUUGUUUUGUCUUGCUAUGGCUAUAUAAGCCGAGAGAUCAUUAGGUUGUUAUUCAUUCAAUUAAUCAAAAAAACCGAGAAUUUAUUCUCAAAUACUCCUUGUUCUUUACCUCGGUCUAGAUCAAGUUCUAUGAUGUGGGGAGGAUUAUUCGCUUACAUUGUUUCUCUCUAAUCUAUUUUGUUCUAAUCUUUUCCAAUUUCCAUAAUUUCUAUCAUUAUUCGUUUUAAUCUCCUCCCAGUUUCCUGACCUACUCUGGCCCAAACCUACACAAAAGUUCAUCUCUUUUCUCGCUGCCAGCUAUAUAAAACCUGCCGCAGUCCUUGAUUUGUUCAAAACCCCAAGUCAUCCUGAACACAUUAGGAUUGAUGUCUCGCCGAUUAUCGUAAACUUUUUUCUAUGACAUCAUAUGCUGGGAAUAUUGGGAAUAUAGAUGGAGACCACAGUGGUGGGGGAUUGUCUCUUUCUUAUAGGGAUGGGUGAUUGUAAUUCCUUUGACUGUAGUGGUGGUAGAGACUAUGGAGAUGUGAGUGAAUCUUAUGAAUCCGAAGAAGAAUCAGCAACGUUUAUGGAUCUUACGGAUGAACUUCUACAUGUGGUUUUCUCUUUCUUGGACAACAGUGAUCUUUGUCGAGCUGCCAUGGUUUGUAGGCAGUGGCGUGCUGCUAGUGCCCAUGAAGAUUUAUGGAGGUGCUUGAACUUUGAGAACAGAGACGUGUCUGUGGAACAAUUCGAGGACAUGUGUCGACGGUUCCCAAAGGCCAUUGAGGUGAAUAUGUAUGGUGUUCCUGCAACUCCGUUGCUUAUCAAAGCAGCUUCUUCGUUGAGAAAUCUAAAGACUUUGACUUUGGGCGGAGAAAAACUUGGGGAAACUUUUUUUCAUCCAUUGGCUAAAUUUAAGUUGUUGAAGAGUUUGAUUGUCAAUGAUGCUACUCUAGGAAAUGGUAGACAGGAAAUACUUAUAAACCAUGAUAGUUUGCGUAUUCUUGAGGUAACAAAAUGCCGUGUGACGCGUAUAGGCAUCAGGUGCCCACAACUUCAUACCUUGUCUUUGAAACAGAGCGACGUGGCAUGGGCUGUACUCAAUUGCCCUCUAUUGCGUCUGCUUGAUAUAAGCUCUUGCAACAUGCUUUCAAAUACUUCAAUUCGUUCUGCAGUGACCUCAUGUCUCCUAUUAGAGUCGUUAGAUAUGUCAAAUUGUUCAAAUGUUGUUGAGGAAACACUACGUGAAAUAGCAAUUACUUGUAGAAAUCUCUGUGUUCUCGAUGCAUCAUAUUGUCCGGACAUAUCACUAUCGUCUGUAAGGCAGCUGCCCAAGCUAACUGUUCUUAAGGUCCAUGGCUGUGAACGCAUCACUUCAGCUUCUAUGGCUGCGAUAUCCCAUAGUUCUAUGCUGGAGGUUUUGGAGCUGGGUAACUGCAGUUUUUUGACUUCCGUGUCCUUGGAUCUUCCUCGCUUGCGAUCCAUAAGAUUAGCGGAUUGUCGCAAAUUGUCUGACUUAAAUUUACAAUGCACCAUGCUUUCAUCCAUAAUGGUGUCUCACUCCCAGUCGAUCCGUCGUAUCAAUAUUGCUUCCAAUUCACUAGAAAAAUUGGCAUUGCAGGGGCAAGAGAACUUAACUACACUGGCAUUGCGAUGCCAAUGCUUGCAACUAGUGGACCUUACGGGUUGCGUAUCUUUGGCAAAUUCUAUCUGUGAAGUUUUGAGUGACGGUGGUGGAUGUCCCAUGCUGAAAUCAUUGAUUCUUGAUAACUGUGAGACUUUGACAGCACUACAAUUCCGCAGUACUUCUCUCGUAAGCCUUUCCUUAAUAGGUUGCCGCAGUGUUACUGCUCUUGAACUCAAUUGUCCCAGUCUUCAGCAAGUUAAUUUAGAUGGCUGUGAUAAUCUUCAAAGAGCAUCAUUUUGUCCUGUUGGUCUUCGUUCCAUCAAUGUGGGAAUAUUACCCAAAUUGAACGUGCUUACUAUCGAAGCACCGCUUAUGGUUAUGCUUGAGAUGAAAGGGUGUGGUGUUCUAGCUGAAGCAUCUAUCAAUUGUCCUCUCUUAACAUGUUUGGACGCUUCUUUUUGCAGCCAACUCAAGGGUGACUGCUUGUCUUCAACGGCGGCUUCAUGCCCGCUGAUUGAGUCAUUACUGCUAGGGUCAUGCCCUUCUGCUGGUCCCAGUGGACUUUACUUCUUGCGUUCACUUCUACACUUGACCAUGCUUGAUUUGUCAUAUUCAUUUUUUAUGAAUCUGCAGCCAGUUUUUGAGUCUUGUUUGCUGCUGAAGGUAUUAAAACUACAAGCUUGCAAGAAUCCCCUGUAUUCCUCAUUGGAGCCUUUGUACAAGGAAGAUGCUCUACCAGCUCUGCGGGAGUUGGAUUUAUCUUAUGGGACCCCCUUUCAGUCUACCAUAGAGGAUCUUCUUGCUUGCUGUACACACCUCACUCAUGUGAGCUUGAAUGGCUGUUUGAAUAUGCAUGAUAUUAACUGGGGCAGUAGCGGGAGUCAACUUUCCACAUUACCUGGUGUAUAUGAUUCAUCCGCCUUGUCUUCUCAGGAGAACAUGCAUCAUCCACUUGACCAGCCCAACCAUUUACUGCAGACCUUAAACUGUGUUGGUUGUCCUAAUUUAAGCAAAGUUUUCAUUCCACCUGCAGCAAGUUUUUUCCAUUUGUCUUCGUUAAAUCUUUCUCUAUCCGCCAAAUUGAAGGAUGUCGACAUUGCUUGUUUCAAUCUGUGCUUUCUUAAUCUGAGCAAUUGUCGCUCUUUGGAGAUACUGAAGCUUCAGUGUCCAAGAUUGACUUCUCUCCUCCUUCAGUCAUGCAACAUUGGCGAAACAGCAGUUGAAGCUGCCAUAAAACACUGCAGCAAGCUGGAAACUCUUGAUGUCCGCUAUUGUCCAAAGAUAUGCUCAGUGAGCGUGAGGAGAUUACGCACAGCAUGCCCAAGUUUAAAGCGCAUCUUCAGCAGCAUGCCCAGGUUUUUAUGCUAGACAAUUUUUUUUUCGGAAUACUGGGAAAAGGGGAUAGGGAGGCUCGAAAUCGAGAUCUCUAUGUUAAGCUACUUGGGGUUCUCGUUAGUUAAGCCCUCUUGUAAGACUAGAACAAAUAAUUAUUAUAAUUUUGUGUCCCAUUCAAAAAGACCUAAUUAUAUACUAAAUUAUAGGAAAGAUCUUCCUU